AUGGAGGUGAUUGACAUUGCUCUGAUGGCGAUGCGGGCUGUAGUUUCAGGAUGCCUGAGGCCCACUCACUGGCUCUGGGAAUUCAUCGCGAGUCAGUUACAGUUCUUUACGGUGAAGGACUACCGUGGGCGGAGAUGCAGCAUCUUCUCUUCUCGUGUUGCUGAGUUCUGGUUUGAAUUUGAGACCCGCUUUGGCGGUCGGGCUUACAAGUUUCUUGUCGGCAAAGGAUGGGCAGGAGUUGGGCGCAACGUGAUUUGUGCACAACACGCUCGGCUGCAGGAAAGUCUCGGAUUGCGCUACCUGGCCGGCGGCAUUGGGGUUGAUGAAACCGAUUACGGAAUCUCGACUGUUCAACGUGGAAGCAAAGGACGGCUGACGGGAACUGUUGAACAAGCCCUCAACGCAUUCGAGUUGAGCACACAGUUGUGCAUGGCACAAAUGAACGACGCACAAGAUGUUGAAUACACAUGGGGCGACCCACGUUUGACGGUUCAAUUUACCCACUGGCUGACGGAAUGUGAAAGCAAUCUUGUAGCCCUCCUAGCGCAGCUGACUGUGUAUGCAGUUGGAGCGGAGAAACAAGUAACCACGAAACGACGCGAGAUUGAGACUGGUGCGAUUGCUUUUGAAGCAGGGACAGUGCUCACUGCACCUUCCAGUCAGCGCCCGGCAGCUGCGUUAGGAGCCUACGAAAGUGAUGCGGUGAAAACAAACAAUCUUCGCACCGCCGUGGAAAAAAUUCUUACCGAAUGCGCAAAUUGGCAGUUGAAGCUGGCGCAACCCCCCGACGUUACCGACAACCCCCUCGACCUUCUGCCGUCGACAUGGCUGUUACUGCAACACAAAGACGAAUUAGUCAGCCUAUGUCGGAAUGCGCUAGAGUACUUCCUUGCUGCACGGCUGCAUCUUUUGCCAAGGGCAAAGAAAUUACAGCUUUGGACCUUCGCCAACUCCCAGCGUUUGAAAUCACAGAUUGUCUUUGCCUGCUUUGUGGAAGCACCAAACCAUCAGCAGAAUACCGCAAUUCUUCGAGUUCUGCUCGAGGAAUUCCAGAAGCGCUCAAUUCCUGUUAUCUCUGUGUUGUGCGAUGGGGCAAGUCAUUCUCUUGCAACACGGGGGCUUGACCAGCCGAAAUUUAUUAAUGCGAUUUGGCGCGCCGAGCUGGAUGCGGUUGUGAAAGAGGGCAGGAAGAAAGCCGAGAUCGUGGAGUGUCUGAAGGAAGAGGCCCAUGAAUAUAUUCUGCAAUCCCGUGCUCAACAGUGGGAUGGCAUGCCCUACGGAAUCGGCACACGAUUUGUUCCACAUCUACCUGCGGGUUUGGAAACACUGCUGAGAAACUAUCGCAGUGAGGGUGCCCCAUUCUUUGCAACGCUACUUGAAACUCUACAUGUUUUUGGACGCAUAGACUUGUUCAACAUGUCAGCAUUUUUGCCAGGCCAGCGGGGACAUCCUGUUAACCUUGCACGAACUCUCACGAUCUCGGCGCUUAUUGUGGCAGCGAACACAAAUCGCACAUCCAUGUCGCCAUUACGAGAAUGGCUCACACAUAUCCGGGUGGAAAGGCGAUUGGCCGAGAGGAGGAGGGCUGGCAACGAUUUCUUUUCUUCCCUUUAUGUGCCUGAAAGGAACCCUUGUAACCGAGACCUUCCUUUGAUCAUUUCCAUCGACCUGGAUCACGUCAUGAAGCAAUUUAUCAAACAUGUUACAACAUCCAGGUGCGGAGCCCACUUGAGGAAAGAAGCCUGGCUGAGCAUUGCGGGAAUGCCUGAACACAACGAGGUGUUUGGAACUUGGUGGUAUAAGCGUGACGAUCAGUGUGUCCCUGAUGCAAAGACCGGGUUUUGCAAGCAGGUCGCAGAUAUUCUGGAAACAACAGGAUAUGCGACGGAAGCUGAGUUUUGCAAUGUUCUUCGAGAAUUCUUUGAAGCACUUGAUCUGUCUGGUAUUUUGCAGGACGAUCGAGAAGCAAGGGUUGACCGUAUGAUUGAUUGGCUGGCCGACAAGACCCCUUAUGCAUACCGCCACUCGAGGCUCACCUGCCCCUCGGCGCUUCUGCACAAUGAAGAGACUGCUCUCCCGAUUGAACUGUUGGAGGCGACACUAAUCCUGUGUUUUGGGCGAAAAGCAAUGAUUCGCUUCUUGGAAAGUGGACGUGAUCAAGUCAACAAAGCCUCCCCAACCGAUGCUUUCCUUGCGCUGAAGAAGCUUCUCAUCGUCCACAAGGUACAUGUCACAAUUUUUGGUGGCAGAUGCAAAAUGGCUGAUCCUUGGCACCGCUUCCAGCACAAGAUGAGCGUACCUGGCCAGCUUGGAUACUCCCGACCCGUCGCACACGGCCACUCUUACGAACAAAAGAGCUACUGCAAAGACAUCACCAACUUGAGCGAGUGGUCAACCGGCCAGACACGUACUCAAGCCAGUAAAGUCACAACACUCGCGGGGAAAAGGGCUCGUGCCGACACAACCGCAACACCAUACCUUGCCAUUCGCUCCUUUCACCGGGUUGAUCACGAUGUUGUUGAGCGUACAGCAAGUAUCGCAACCACUGUACACUUGGCAACACCAAGCUCUACACCGACAACGACCCCACGUAAACAUGCACACGUAGAAGUAGGCGUAGAUAGCAGUUCACCAAAAUAA